GUAUCUCAUCGAGCUCGAUUUGUUUUAUCAUUCGGAAGCCGGUAUCCAUUGUUAAAAAAUAUCGUGUAUCGGUGGUUUGUUGUUUGUAAAUCGAUACUUUUCACCCAAUAUAAUAAACGCACAAGUAGCGAUGGCGUCAGAAAAGAAAACUAAGAUACCAGAGAACAUGUCUGUCGGAUUUAUAGGUGCAGGGCGAAUGGCGCAAGCAAUGGCCAAGGGAUUCAUAUCAGCUGGUGUAAUAAAAGCAGAACAUAUUUUUGCCAGUGACACUGACCAGAGGAUGCUUCACACCAUACAAAAGGACUUAGGAAUAAACACAACCAUGGACAAUAUAGAGGUUGUUACAAAAAGUGACUUAAUUGUGUUAGCAGUGAAGCCAAAUGUAGUCAGUUCUGUAUUGAAAGAAGUUUCAUCAACAGUGUCCAAAUCAAAGAUUGUUGUAUCCAUUGCUGCCGGAAUUCCACUUUCUGCUAUUGAAAAGUAUCUACCAGAAGGGUCCCGUGUGAUCCGGGUGAUGCCCAACACUCCGGCGCUGGUCCAGGCAGCUGCGUCCGUUCUAGCCCCGGGCUGUGCCGCCUCACAGGGCGAUGCAGAGCUGGUGAUAGAACUGUUGAAGUGUAUUGGUAUAGCCGAGCCUGGCUCUGAGAAGCUUCUUGAUGCAGUCACUGGUCUCAGUGGCAGUGGACCUGCUUAUGCGUUUAUGGCCAUUGAAGCAUUAUCAGACGGGGGUGUGAAAAUGGGACUACCGCGGGACCUUGCAAUAAAACUUGCUGCACAAACAUUGUUGGGUGCGGCGAAAAUGGUCCUGGAGACUGGCAAGCAUCCAGGAGAGCUGAAGGACCAGGUGUGCUCCCCGGGCGGCACCACCAUCGCAGCCAUGCAUAAACUGGAGAAGGCCGGGUUCAGAGCGGCUCUCAUUGACGCUGUAGAGGCUGCCACACUACGUGCCAAGGAACUGGGCGAAUCUGAGACCAAGUGAAUGUGGCUGUACCAUGUCUUGCUUUCUCUGUUGAAGUUGGAGUGGUGCCCUCUGGAGGUGUUAGCGCUUCACUUACCUGUUGGACUGUCUCCAAAAUGUUGUUUGUUAAUUUUGAUCAUUAAAUCGUGUCCUUAACAAGUUUUGGGAACAGUGUCUCAAAAUGUGUACAUGAGAUAAAUAUGGUCUGUUACCUUUACUUGUUUGAAUUAAGCAAAAAAGAAGCAUUACAAUAUUAUGUAUACCUUGUUAGUGAUUGAUGAAAUGCUGAAAUAUGGAGGAAUGUAACGAAUAAAACAAGCUAUAUUUUUCAGUUCAUUCGUUUGUUAAACGCUGUGAUACACAUAUUCUAGUAGACUGUUCACUGUAUAUUUUAUGCCAUGCAGUUGCACAAAUUGCAACUUUCAGGUGCCAUUUAUAGUCAUUAUCACCCAGCUUCUGAUGUUCACCUAAUAUAAUUUAAUGACUUCGUUGGUUGCUAAUUGGGAUUAGCGCUUUGGUGCUUUUGUGUGAAUUGUGAUCAAGAUGAUAAUUAUGCUUUCAAUUAUUUGAUGAUUACUAUGAUGUUGAAUAUGGUGUCAAUUAUUUUAUGAUUACUAUGAUGUUGAUAAUGGUGUCAAUUUUACUUAUGAUUACUAUGAUGUUGAUUAUGGUAUCAAUUAUUUGAUCAUAACUAUGAUUUUGAUUAUGGUAUCAAUUAUUUUAUGAUUACUUACUAUGAUGUUGAUUAUGGUGUCAAUUAUUUUAUGAUUACUAUGAUGUUGAUAAUGGUGUCAAUUAUUUGAGGAUUACUAUGAUGUUGAUUAUGGUGUCAAUUAUUUGAUGAUAACUAUGAUGUUGAUCAUGGUGUCAAUUAUUUUAUGAUUAAUAUGAUGUUGAUUAAAGUAUCAGGUAUUUAAUAUUAUAUUGCGGUAUUUUAAAUUAGGGAAGUCACUUUGUUUUUUGUUUAGAUAUUAUGUUUAUAGGAUCUUGCCAAUUAUAUUUAAUGUUUGACAUAUGGCCAUAAUAAAUGAUUACUUAUCACGAAA